GCAGAUGAUGUUCUGAACGGAGAUGUUGACAAGGGCCAGAGAGAUCCCUAUUUUGUGGAGACCCCCUAUGGUUAUCAGCUAGACUUGGACUUCCUCAAGUACGUGGAUGACAUCCAGAAGGGAAAUACUAUCAAGAAACUGAACAUUCACAAGAAGCUCAAGUUGCCCGCGCCAUGUCCACCGGGCCAUCAAGUCGCCUGGCCCUCCACCGAGUCGCUCUUCUCCCCCAGUGACAACCACAGGCAGUGCCCAUCCAGAAUCCAGGUGACAUCCACUCCCAUCCCCCGGCCACCCGCCCCUCGAGAGACCUCUCCCACCUUCUUUAACGUCCUAGAGAGCCGACAGCUGCCACCUCCCUCACCCCAGCUUCCAAAGCUCAACCUCCAUGUCACCAAGACCCUGAUGGAGACACGGCGACGACUGGAGCAGGAGAAGGUCGGCAUGCAGCUGGCGCCGGGGGACUUCCGGAGGCCCCGGCUGGCCAGCUUCGGAGGCCUGGGCUCCACCAGCCCCCUCCCCUGCUACAUGGGCACUGGAAGCCACAACCCCGCUGUGCACCCACACCAGAAUGGCUUCCAAGGCAACGGAGAUUACAGCGCCUUCGCCCCGGCCGCUGCCCCCACGUCCUCCGUGGGCAGCUCCAUCCGCCACAGCCCGCUCAGCUCAGGGGUCUCCACCCCGGUCACCAACGUGAGCCCCCAGCACCUGCAGCACAUCCGUGAGCAGAUGGCCGUGGCCCUGAAGCGGCUCAAGGAGCUGGAGGAGCAGGUGCGGACCAUCCCGGUGCUGCAGGUGAAGAUUUCCGUCCUGCAGGAGGAGAAGCGGCAGCUGGCCACCCAGCUCAAGAGCCGCCAGGCCGCCCCCCAGGGCGACGGCUGCGGCCCCCGGCCCCGCUCCUACAGCGCCGGGCACGCCUCGCAGCUGCCCCAGCUGGCCCGGGGGCGCCGGGGUGCCAGGGAGCUGUACAUCGAAGACCAGGACGAGGAGCUGGAGAGCGUGGAGCAGAGCACGCAGCGGCUGCGCGAGUUCCGGCAGCUCACGGCUGACAUGCAGGCCCUGGAGCAGAAGAUCCAGGACAGCAGCUACGAGGCCUGCGCCCCGGCCUCCCGGGACAGCCGCUCCGUGGCUGAGGGCACCGACCAGGGCACGCAUGGCCUGCUGGGGGCCCGCAGGGAAGCAGCCGUCUGCAGGGACACAGCUGUCUGCAGGGAUGCGGCCAUCUGCAAGGACGUGGCCGUGGGGACGCUCACAGACACCAGGGACGCCAGCGUGGGCGUGACCGAGGCCAUGCUGGGCGUGACCACGGAGGCCGACCGGGAAAUCGAGCUGCAGCAGCAGACCAUCGAGGCCCUGAAGGAGAAGAUCUACCGGCUGGAGGUGCAGCUGCGGGAGACCACGCACGACCGCGAGAUGACGCGGCUCAAGCAUGAGCUGCAGGUGGCCGGCGCCAGGAAGAGGGCCGACAAGGCCACGCUGGCACAGCCGCUGGCCUUCAGCAAGGCAGUGGAGGCUGUGGUGCCGACGCGGGACCAGAAGGUGGGCAGCCACGUGGCUGUGGUGGACAGCUGCGUGGGCACCACCGCACAGAGCCAGGAUGCAGGCGUCUCCUGCCGGCCCGAGUGUCGCAGCGCCGCCGCGGGGCCCGAGCUGCCCAUGAGCCGGUGGGUGGUGAAGGAGCGCGUGGACGUGUACGAGCGCGGGGCCGGCCGCACGGUGGAGACGCGGGACCAGGCGGUGGGCGCCGAUGUGAGCGUGUGCGAGACGGGCAGCAACACGGAGGAGUCGGUGCACGACCUGGGCCUCCUCAGGACGGGCCUGGGCCUGCGGGACGUGCGCUCCAUCGGCUGCGGGGACUGCCGCGUGGACGUGACCGUCUGCGCCCCGAAGGAGUGCGCCUCCCGUGGCGUCAGCACGGACACAGUGGCCCGGUUGGAGGCCGCCGUGAUGGCCGCGCCCCGGACCAGCAGCCAGCACACCAGCACGCACUGGGAGCAGGCCGACCAGGCCACCAGCACCGAGCUGGCCACCCUCGCCGAGUCCUGCACCAACACCACGCUCAGCACCGCGGACAAGCAGACGUCCACCCAGCUGGUGGAGACGCGGACGGUGGCCGUGGGAGAGGGCCGUGUGCGGGACGUCAGCUCUCCCCCGAGGACGCGUUCUGUCGGGGUGGGGACAGUGCUUUCCGGCAGCACUGGCGGUGACAGGCCCUCGGCGGUGAAGACCAAAGACGCGGGCGUGGGGCAGGUGAGCAUCAAUGACCACUACCUGGUUGGCCUCAGGAUGCGGAGCAUAGCCUGCGGGCCCCCCCAGGUGACCGGGGGGCUCGCGGGUGGCAGGAGGAGCGUUGGCGUGGGGGACGAGCCGAUCGGAGACACUCGGGAGCAGCCCCCGGUGCCAGGAGCGGUGGUGGGGCUGGACCACUACAUCGAGCAGGUGCAGAGGCUGCUGACCGAACAGCAGACACUGCUGGCCGAGAACUACAGCGAGCUGGCCGAAGCUUUCGGGGCGCCCCACUCCCAGAUGGGCUCCCUCAACUCCCAGCUCAUGAGCACCCUCUCCUCCAUCAACUCUGCCAUCAGGUCGGCCAGUGCCGAGGAGCCGAGAACCCCUGGUGGUCUGGACAAAGCGACAGGAAGCAGCCCGCACUGCACCUGUAAAUGUGGGGCGCUGUGGGUCGGGACAGCGGUGAGAACAGAGACGGUUCUGCAGGAUCCGGCGGACAGGACUACAGACAGGGACCCCAGUGGCAGCCAGGCCCCCUUCCCAGCUCAGGAGACACUGCCCACUGUGAACCUGACCGAUGACCAGAUCGCCUCUGGUCUCUAUGCCUACCCGAAUAAUGAGAGCACGCUCAAGUCCAUCAUGAAGAAGGCGGAUGCGAGCAAGGAUCCCAGCGGCACGAAGAAGAACCUCCAGUUCGUGGGCAUUAAUGGGGGGUAUGAGACAACGUCCAGUGACGAGUCCAGCUCGGAUGAAAGUUCCUCCUCCGAGUCAGAUGACGAAGGUGACCUUCUCGAGUACCCUCCUGGCGUGGAGGAGGACAAGGACGAGGAUACCCUUGCAGUGGCGGACGGGCACCGGGCCGUUCCCGCCGAAGGUUUCAAGUCCACCAGGGUGGAAGCUGAAUUGCAGGUUCAAGAGUGUGAGCCUGAGAAGGUGGAAGUCCGAGAGAGGUACGAACUGAGUGAAAAGAUGUUGUCUGCAUGCAAUUUACUGAAAAAUAAUAUAAAUGACCCCAAGGCCUUGACCAGCAAAGAUAUGCGGUUCUGCCUGAACACCCUCCAGCAUGAGUGGUUCCGUGUGUCCAGCCAGAAGUCGGCCGUGCCGGCCAUGGUGGGCGACUACAUCGCCGCCUUCGAAGCCAUAUCGCCAGACGUCCUGCGUCACAUCAUCAACAUGGCAGACGGCAACGGCAACACGGCGCUGCACUACAGCGUGUCCCACUCCAACUUCGAGGUGGUCAGGCUGCUGCUGGAUGUGGAUGUGUGUGACGUGGACCACCAGAACAAAGCGGGGUACACUCCCAUCAUGCUGGCCGCCCUGGCCGCGGUGGAGGCUGAGAAGGACAUGAAAGUCGUGGAAGAGCUUUUCGGCUGCGGGGAUGUGAAUGCCAAGGCCAGUCAGGCAGGACAGACGGCCCUCAUGCUGGCGGUCAGCCACGGGCGCAUCGACAUGGUCAAGGGCCUGCUGGCGUGUGGGGCAGAUGUGAAUAUCCAGGACGACGAGGGCUCCACGGCCCUCAUGUGUGCCAGCGAGCACGGUCACGUGGAGAUUGUGAAGCUGCUGCUGGCCCAGCCGGGCUGUAAUGGCCACCUGGAGGACAACGACGGCAGCACAGCGCUCUCCAUAGCCCUGGAAGCAGGACACAAGGACAUUGCAGUUCUCCUCUAUGCCCAUGUCAACUUUGCAAAAGCCCAGUCUCCAAGCACCCCCAGACUUGGGAGGAAGGCGUCUCCUGGGCCCGCACACCGGAGCAGCUCCUUUGACUGA